AACUGAAAGAAAACUCCAAAAAGUAUUCCGCAAGAAUGGCCUCUUGCCCCUUUCCUUUCGCCCCGAGCAUUAACCACCACCACCACGCGCCGCCGCCAAUUCUCAGUUGCCCCACCCCAACCACCAACUCUUUCACCUUCUGCUUUUCAUCUUCUCCUAAACUUAAUCUCCACCGUUCAUUUCCUUCCGAAAGCAAUUCUUGGUCUGGCCGCUGCCGCGCCACCAGUCCAGAAUCCGAGCCGCCGUCCAAGAAACUUCUACCUAAAUCUUCAGGUGCAAUAGCAACCUUCUCCAGAUUACAGGAUACUCUGCGAAUCUUCUUUGCUGUGCUAUUCUGGAUGUCUCUUUUCUUUUGGUCUUCUGCAUGGAAUGGGGGAGAUAGUGGCAGACCAAACAAGGGAUCUCGAUCGAGGAAAUAAUUCUCUAAGUUGUUCCAUGAUAAAACUGCAAUUCUGGAUGGGAUUGAGGGAACAGCACUCAACGGAACGAGGUAUCUCAUUUUGGAAAUAAUUGUGUAAGCUAUGUGGCUGUAUAUAGGCUUAUAGAAGUUAGGAUAGAAUGAAGACAGUCGGGUGUUUGUAGUAAUCAGAAUCAAUAGAAACAUAGUUGAUUCUUCAACAAGUCGAAUUUGUACAUGACAAUUGAUUCAUUUCACUUUCUUGAUCUAAUACUCAAAACAUGUUAGUAGGUUUAGCUUCU